GUCGAUAUAGUAUCAGAGAUAUGACCGCAAAGGGUCCAAGUCCUGAGGUGGUAUGGCAAAUCUUGCCCAUUCCCGUUCUAAGCCAUGCUACCCUUGCUCGCCUUGGAAGCCAGCGGCCAUGCCAUUGGGCGAACUGGGGUCACUGAUCUUUCAGCCCAGCUGAAUCGAACUUCGACUCUCUCCAUCUCUUUUCUCCGUCUUACAUUUUCUGCGUUGCAAUCACAUUAUACUUUUUUAAAAUGUGCUUGUGAUAUGACCUUUUUCUCAUCAAUCUCUGCGUUCGUUUCCGAGGAUUCCGGUUAUAUUCAUCUCAUUUGUACAUUUUGUCCUUAUUUCACGCAGUCACUUCGACUCACUAAUCACAUUGUGGAGAACGUCUUUCCUCAGAAUACCGUGAAACUGCAGACACGCGGUCAGAACCCGUUAUUCAACACCUAGCCUUUACGAACGCCUUUGAACAGCAUCGUUGAUAUGAGUACAACAUGGGUCUGAACCACCCACACCAGGCCCAGUACAGCGGCGUACAACAAAAAGACGACGAUGACGACUAUCAUCCCCACCUACCUGUCUCAAGUUCCUCCCGGACCCAAGCCAACGACGACCACCAACCAUCAGAAGAUGAAGAAGCCCAACUGCUAUCCACAGAAGACUACAUUGAGCAAUUCGAACUCGACGACAACACCGACACAUCGUCGCCACCUUUCGUGACGACCAAACACUCAAGAUCUAAUUCCAAAUCCCGACUCUCCCCAAUCUACCGCCUCUUCACCAUCCUCUCUGGCUCCUCCCAUCCCCACCGGCAAACCCUCACCCCUUUCCUGCUUCCGUCAAUCCAAUCCCUUCCCCGCCUUACACUAGAACGCCUCCUUUCCCAUCCAUGGCAGCGCGCCGCUCUGUUAUCUAUUGGUCUACUCCUUUGGCUCACCAUUCUUUCUGUUUCCCUGGUUCAGUCCAAGGGUACUCUCCUCUACUCGGACGGAGAGGGGGAAGGAGAGGUAGUCAGACACCUAGACUGCGUCUCAACCUUUUGGGGACCAGGAAACGAGUGCGGCGUCGACGGCGAGCGGUGCAAGCCCUUUGGGAACGUCAGCUUUGCGUUUCGUUGCCCGGCGGAUUGCAGACAGGUUCAGGUGCUGAAUCCGAGGUGGGUUGGGGGGCAGGAGGUGGUUUAUAAGCCUUGGGUAAUCGGUGGCGGGGAUUAUGGAGAUGGUUCUGCUGAUGGUGGUGUAACUGCUGCCGGCACGGAGACGACGGAGACGGGGACGGAGACGAGAGUAUACAGAGGUGACUCCUUCAUUUGCCAAGCAGCGAUGCACGCCGGUGUCAUCUCCGAUUCGAAAGGCGGGUGCGGCGUGGUCAAGCUAGUAGGAGAAUACUACUCCUUCUUCGGCGGAGAAGGAGGCGAAGGCAUCUCGAGUCUAGCAUUCGACUCGUACUUUCCCAUGGGCUUCACCAUCCAUCCGGCCUUAACUAGCCCGGGAAAGUGUCCUCAAAUGGAAAUGAAAACAGCCCGCUCCCUAGCCCCAACCAUCCUCCUCACCUUUCUGGUAUCCCUCCUAACCACCUCCGCCACAACCCUCUGGUUCACCAGCUUCAUCGCCGUCUUCGCCCACGUCGGCCUCAUCUCCGACCCGCCCAAUGUCUCCGGCCCCUCCAACACCAUCCUCCCCCAACUAAUAUCAAUCUUAUUCGAGCGCUUGCUUCCCGCAACCUUCACCUCGGCCGUUUUGUUUUGGACCUGUUCGCGCUCCACAACCCUCCGCGCUAUCCCCCCUUCGGCCAACCUCGAAAAAACAGUCCUCUGGCUCGGCAGCCUAUGGAUAGGCGCCCUUUCCAACUUCACCCUCGAGUCCUGGAUUCCCCUCUCCCGUCUGAGCGCGCACGACCUUUCCCACCAACCGGGCGCGGUGGUAGCUCUCGUCGCGAUUGUGGCCGUUUUAGGGGUGACCAUCGCCUACCAGGCCUACUCUUUCUGGCUUGAGGGCAGGGUUCUUCCCUACCUCGCCCUCUACGGCGUGUUGCUGGCCGGCAUCGCUGUCGGCGCGGUAAUUUCCGUGACGGGGUUAGGAACGCUAGAACUGCGAAUCCAUCACUACGUGCUUGCCCUACUACUACUACCGCUGACGAGUAUCCAGACGCGUCCGGCGCUGGCGUACCAGGGGUUACUUUUGGGGUUGUUUAUCAAUGGGAUUGCGCGGUGGGGGUUUGACUCGGUGAUUCAGACGGCGGAGGCGUUGAGGGGGGAUGAUGGAUUGUUGGGGUCAAGCUUGGUGCCCUUGGUGGAUGGGCAGCCGUUGGUUUAUCUUAGUGAAGCUCUGGUAGAAACGCCGGAGCUCUGGAGUAUUGCUUUCAAGUGGAAGGGGAUUAAUGAGACGAUAGAGGCGUUGGUGCCCCAGAUACACGGAAGGGGAAGGGAAGAGGCGGAGAGAUUGUGGGGGUUGAGUGUUAUGGUUAAUGAUGUGGAGAGGCAUAGAAGGUUUUUUGCGGAGGAAGCGCUGGAGGACCAGGUGUUUAGGUGGGAGAGAGAUUCAAGAGUGGUGAUGACGCCGGAGUAUUUCCGGUUUGCUUUCUUGGGCGAGGAUGGUAGGAGUCUGGAUUACUCGGGGGCUGGGACGUGGUUUGGAAAUGGGACCUGGAGCUCUGGUCCGGGGUUUUACUGAGGCAUGCCGAUAUUUUGAUCAGCACAGCGAUGGUACAGUUCACUUGAGUCAAGCAUGCCACUGUGAUGUUCCGUCUCUUGAUAUAUCUUUGCCGUUUUCCGAGAGCCCAAUACUCUCUUCAUCUGGUGUUCUGGUAUGCAAGGACCCGUAGUAACGUAAGCCUCGCCGGAUCGACCCAAGCUUAAGAAAAGAAAGAAAAAAGCAGAACAGAACAUCAGUCAUUUGUUACACCUCAACCCCCUGUGUUGACGUCCUAGGAGUACUGCCCUUCUCCCCUUUGACUAUCGUAUCGCCCUCCUCCAACAGCCUCCCCACAUCCUCUCC